AUGUGUGAUCUGAACUUAGCACCUGAGGUCUGGAAGAAGGACGGCGCAAAAGGCUUCUGGGCCGGAGUUCGCCCUAACGUCGUGAGGACGUUUCUGGUAAAUGGCGCCGAAAUAGGCACUUACGACGAGUCCAAGCUGGUGCUGAUUGAGUCAGCCGGGGACGGACUUUUUGCUCACGUCGGCGCCAGCUUCGUUGCCGGCUUGGCCUCAGCGUGCGUCUCGACACCAGCGGACGUCGUCAAGACCCGUUUCAUGAAUGCGGCUGGAUCCGACCAGGCAUACCGCGGCAUUGUGCACACUCUGUGCAGCAUCCUACGUCUUGAAGGCUUCCUGGCCCUGUACAAGGGCUUUGCUCUGAUCGUUUGUCGCAAGUUGAUUUGGUGCACUGUCUUCUUCGUGAUCUACGAGCGGCUGCUUCAAGCAGUGUUCCAGGCAGUGGCAUUGCCAGUACGGCACGCCAUCAUGGUUCGCGUUGCACGAGCUUGCCCAUGGAUGCCCGUGGAAGGCAUUGCGCGUGAUGGAAACCUACUGAUCAGUCGACCCGUCCACUCCCUGGAGUCGGCGCACAGCAUCGUUAACGACCAGAUCUCAGCUGGAGCAGAGACCCACGGGGGCGACGACAUCCACAAGGUGGAGCGACUGGUCUGCGAUUUUUCUGUCACCACCAACGCGCUCGGACCUGUGCCCGGGGCACUCGAUGCCGUGAGGCGACUCUUUGAAAACGGCGAUCACGGCAGUGCAGGCGUUUGGAGCAUGCCCUUUAAUAAGGGCGAUGCAAGGCAGUCUGGCAACCAGGCCGGCGAAUGUACAGGAAUCUCCGGCGAGGUAUCCUCUAAUGCAGCUAUCGAGCAUUACCCGAAAAGGGCAGACGACGAGCUGGAGCUUCUGACGGCCGCAUUCCUGCGUGGCGACGCGAAUGCAGAGGUCACGCGCUCCCAGCUGAUCUUCGGCAACGGCGCCAGUGAGCUCAUAGAUUUGUUGGGCAGAGCUGCUCCACAAGGAAAGUACUGUCUCAAUCCCUUCACGGAAGUUCAGUACCGGGAGUAUCAGCGGGCCUGUGACAAUGCAGGGAGAGAGUGCACCAAGAAUCCCAAGGACGCCUCGGUUAUUUGCUUGGUGAAUCCCAACAACCCAACGGGCGAUUUCUUGGAGCGGUCCGAGAUGGAGGCAUGGAUCUCGGAGCAUGCUGCACCUGGCAGCCAGCAGCCCGGAGAGUAG